AAGAAACUGUAAGGGAAAACAUAGCCUUACAUUUACAGGUGAUUACUAGAAAAACUGAAACUGUUGCUGUAGAGUCAACUGAACUUUUACCAAGUGAAAGAAAACCAGAGAUUCCAAAGGUUUCUCUUGAGCUUGCAAUCAAGGACCAGAUUCCAACUCAAACGGAACAUGACAGUGAAAGGCUGUCACUCUCAUCUACAGAGCAAGUUACUGCUGUUGCUUUGGAAGACGUGUCUCCCAUACAAACUGGAGGAAAGUCAGAUGAUGUGGAAUUUUCCAUAGCUCCCGAGUCAGUCCCUACCAUUGAAAGACAGCCUGAUGCAGAAAAUGAAUAUACUAAGAAAGAGCUUGACAAUGUGACAUCUACCACACCUUCAGAGGUGGUCACUGUGCAGACUGAACAUGCUAUGGUGGAACUGACAAAGAAAGAGGAAGAGACUGGUAGUCAGAGAUCUCCAGUAUCUCCAGAGGUUGCCACAGCAACAACAGAAAUUACUGCUAUGAAUAAAGGAAAGCUUUCACCACCCAAAAGAAAGUCAAAGAGUCGUAAAGCUUCCUCAGAACUUAUUAGUACGGAUUUGUCUGAGACUUUGAAAGAACCUGAAUCUGUGGGUUUCACCAAGGAAGCUAAAAUUACCACUUUGGAAAAACCUGAAUCACGCCAAACAAGGAAAUCUUCAAAGAGUCUUGUAGAGUCCAAGAAAAUAGAGAAAGAAACAGAAAUGGGAAACACAGCUUUAAAUGUACAGGUGAUUGCUGAAAAAACUGAAACUGUUGCUGUAGAGUCAACUGAACUUUCACCAAAUGAAAGAAAACCAGAGAUUCCAAAAGCUUCUCUUGAGCUUGCAAUCAAGGACCAGAUUCCAACUACAAAGGAACAUGACAGUGAAACACUGUCAGUCUCAUCCACAGAGCGCUCACCACCCAAAAGAAAGGUAAAGAGUCGUAAAGCUUCCUCAGAACUUAUUACUGCAGAUUUGCCUGAGACUUUGAAAGAACCUCAAUCUGUGGGUUCCAUCAAGGAAGUUAAGAUUACCACUUUGGAAAAACCUGAAGCUCCCCCAACACAGAAAACUUCAAAGAGUUUUGUGGAGUCUGAGGUCACAGAGAAAGAAACUGUAAGGGAAAAUAUAGCCUUACAUUUACAGGUGAUUACUAGAAAAACUGAAACCGUUGCUGUAGAGUCAAGUGAACUUUCACCAAGUGAAAGAAAAAAAGAGAUUCCAAAGGUUUCUCUUGAGCUUGCAAUCAAGGACCAGAUUCCAACUCAAACACAACACGACAAUGAGAUUCUGUCAGUCUCAUCUACACAGCAAGUUACUGCUGUUGCUUUGGAAGACGUGUCUCCCAUACAAACUGGAGCAAGGUCAGAUGAUGUGGAAUUUUCCAUAGCUCCCGAGUCAGUCCCUACCAUUGAAAGACAGCCUGAUGUAGAAAAUGAAUACACUAAGAAAGAGCUUGACAGUGUGAAAUCUACCACACCUUCAGAGGUGGUCACUGUGCAGACUCAACAUGCUAUGGUGGAACUGACAAAGAAAGAGGAAGAGACCGAUAGUCAGAGAUCUCCUGUAUUUCCAGAGGUUGCCACAGCAACAACAGAAAUUACUGCUAUGAAUAAAGGAAAGCUUUCACCACCCAAAAGAAAGUCAAAGAGUCGUAAAGCUUCCUCAGAACUUAUUAGUACGAAUUUGUCUGAGACUUUGAAAGAACCUGAAUCUGUGGGUUUCACCAAGGAAGCUAAAAUUACCACUUUGGAAAAACCUGAAUCACCCCCAACAAGGAAAUCUUCAAAGAGUCUUGUAGAGUCCAAGAAAAUAGAGAAAGAAACAGAAAUGGGAAACACAGCUUUAAAUGUACAGGUGAUUACUGAAAAAACUGAAACUGUUGCUGUAGAAUCAACUGAACUUUCACCAAGUGAAAGAAAACCAGAGAUUCCAAAAGUUUCUUUUGGGCUUGCAAUCAAGGACCAGAUUCCAACUACAAAGGAACAUGACAGUGAAACACUGUCAGUCUCAUCCACAGAGCGCUCACCACCCAAAAGAAAGUCAAAGAGUCGUAAAGCUUCCUCAGAACUUGUUAGUAUGGAUUUGCCUGAGACCUUGAAAGAACCAGAACCUGUUGGUUCCAUCAAGGAAGUUAAGAUUACCACUCUGGAAAAACCUGAAGCCCCACCAACAAGGAAAACUUCAAAGAGUCUUGUGGAGUCUGAGGUCACAGAGAAAGAAACUGUAAGGGAAAACAUAGCCUUACAUUUACAGGUGAUUACUAGAAAAACUGAAACUAUUGCUGUAGAGUCAACUGAACUUUCACCAAGUGAAAGAAAACCAGAGAUUCCAAAGGUUUCUCUUGAGCUUGCAAUCAAGGACCAGAUUCCAACUACAAAGAAACAUGACAGUGAAACACUGUCAAUGUCAUCCACAGAGCGCUCACCACCCAAAAGAAAGUCAAAGAGUCGUAAAGCUUCGUCAGAACUUAUUAGUACAGAUUUGCCUGAGACUUUGAAAGAACCUCAAUCUGUGGGUUCCACCAAGGAAGCAAAGAUUACCACUUUGGAAAAACCUGAAACCCCCCCAACAAGGAAAACUUCAAAGAGUCUUGUGAAGACCAAGGACACAGAAAAUGAAACAGAAAGAGAAAAUGCAGCCUUACAUUUACAGGUGAUUACUAGAAAAACUGAAACUGUUGGUGUAGAGUCAACUGAACUUUCACCAAGUGAAAGAAAACCAGAGAUUCCAAAGGUUUCUUUUGAGCUUGCAAUCAAGGACCAGAUUCCAACUACAAAGGAACAUGACAGUGAAACACUGUCAGUCUCAUCUACAGAGCAAGUUACUGCUGUUGUUUUGGAAGACGUGUCUCCCACACAAACUGGAGGAAAGACAGAUGAUGUUGAACUUUCCAUAGCUCCUGAUCCAGUCCCAACUAUUGAUAGACAUCCAGAUGCAGAAAAUAUGGAUCAGAACAUUUCCCUGGAAAAACCUGAACUCCCUAUAUCAAAGAAGACUUCAAAGAGUCUAUUGGUGUUCAACGAAAUGGAGAAAGAAAUUGAAAACGGAAAAGCACAUUUAAGUUUGCAGACAGUCAAACUUAAAUGUGCAACUGACAGUAUUUCUAUAGAAUCAACUGAGUUUUCACCAAGUGAAAGAAAGUCAGAGAGUCCAAAAGUUUCUCUUCAGCCUGAUAACAAGGCACCAGAAUGCACAGCACCUCAAUCUGAUGCAAGAGAUUCAGACACAGCGCCACAAAUGCAGCCAUGUCUUUCUUCUAGUUUUACAGAUACAACAAAUAUUGCAGAUUACAUUGACAAAUUAUGGACUAACACAGAAGAGGUUCAGAAGAGGUAUUUAGUUCUUGAGCUGCCUGAUCGAGCAGUCCCACAAUUGUUUGAGACAAACCAAUAUCAGCCAGACACAACAAUUUGUGAUAGCGAAUCUACUACUUUUGCCAUUGUUUCAAUGGAGCAGCCUCAUGAGACAGAGACAGAUGUAACAGAAAUUGCCCCAUCUAAGCUAAAUGAAACUAUGAGUCAGCAGACAGUCUCAGAUACCUUGCAAAUACAACCUGAAGUCAACAUCCAACAUGACGAUGACCAAAAUAUUUUAGGCAACGUUCAAAACUCUCUUGAAGAUGAAGCAUUCAAAGCUGAAGAAAUGAGUAUAAACACAAGAAUACAAACAUCUGAAAAUAUAACUGUCUCAGUGCAAAAGGACCCUGAGAUGCACAUGGAGCACUUGACUGUACAGUGUGAGACCACACCACAAAGCAAAGUUGAGACAAGCAGGGUAGAACUCCAAGUAAGCAGUGCUGAAGGGAAGGAUAUUAAUGCUGAUCAAGGCUCUAGUCAGCCUACUGCUACUGUUUUCGCUUCAGAAAAACAUGUGCCCAUGAGCCCAGAUGACAAGUCUGUUACAGGGGAUAAAAUACAAGUGAAGACUAAAGUGGACUAUGAAAUACCAGCCAGCCAUAAAACUGCAGGUGCGGUUCACCCAGAGGAAGCUACAGUCGGAGUACAGAUGCAACAAAUCAGCAUUGAAAUGCAAGACAAUGUGGAGAUGUAUGCCUCUUCUCGACCUGCACUUCUGCAGGCAGGUGAAGAAGAGAGAGUAUCUGCAGAAAUAAGCUUAUCUGAGCAAGACACUAUAAAAUCAGACAUGGUGAUUGAGCUAGAGAUCUUGAAAACCACACAGGAUAGCAAAGAGGAGCUGAAGGACUACAACUUAAAAGAGGAGGUCUUUAGAAAAGAUGUACUUGAUUUACCCAAAAGCUUGGAUGAAAAGGAAAUAUCGGGGGACUCUGAAGUACGAGUUUUACAGCUGGAUAUACCUACGAGUCAUGAAGAACAGGAAAACACAUUUGUCAUGACAGCAGCAGAACCAACGGUAGAUACAGCUCGAUCAAGUAUGCAGUGUGAAGAAAAAGAGACUGCAGUUCAGGUUCACCCUGAAGAGGCUACACUCAUAAUCAAGGUGCAAGAACUCAGCACAGAAACGCCAGAGGAUGUGGCUCAGAGUGACUCUACUCAAACUGCUCUGCUGCAGCCAGUUGUAACAGAGACAAUAUCUGCAGAAAUAAGCUUAUUUAAGGAAGACACUGUAAAACCACAAACAGCAACUGAGUUAGAGAUCCUGGGAACCACACAGAAUAGACCAGAGGAGCUGACGGAUUACAACUUAAAAGAGGAGGUCUCCAAAACAGAUGUACUUGAUGUAUCCCACAGUUUGGAUGAAAAACUGGUUACAGUAGAGAAAAACCUGGUUGAGCCUCAAGUGCGAGUUUUACAAAUGGACAUACCAACCAGUAAUGAAGAACAGAAACAGACGUUUGUCAUGACAGCAGCAGAACCAACGGUAGAUACAGCUCAAUCAAGUUUGCAGUGUGAAGGAGUUCAUGUACCCUCUGAGGAGGCUGAAGUUAUAGUCAAAGUGCAACCAAUUACCAUGGACACACAAAAGUAUCUGGAUCAAAGUGAUUCCUCUCAAAAUGCACUCCUUCAAAGUGAAGCAGGGACAAUGUCUGUAGAAAUAAACAUAUCCAAGCAAGAUACUGUAAAACCAGAAAAACUGACUGAGCAGGAGCUCCUGAAAAACACAAAGGAUAGACCUAUCAUAACUAAGGAAACUGGGCUCCAGAAAGAGCACUCUUUAUUGUCAACACAUAGAGGGAGUGAUAUACCCAUGAGCCUGGAUGAAAAAGCAGAAAAAGUCCAAGUGGAGCCUGAUGUUGUUUUACCAGCCAGCUAUGAGGAGCAUGAAAGAUCAUUUGUCUCGAAAGCAAAUGUGCCAAGAACAGAUAUAAGUAUCCAGUCUGAACAUGCUCAAAUAAACAAAGAUUUGACUUCAGCUGAUGUUCAACCUGAAGAAGAAAUUAGCUUCACAAUAAAGGUGCAGCAAAUGAAAACUAAAAUGCCAGUGGAUCUCGUGGCUCAGUGUGAAACUACUCAAACUGCACUUUUUCAGCCAGGUGAAGCAAAGGAAACACAAUCUGCAGAAAUAAGCUUACCUGAACAAGACACUGUAGAACCACAAACAAUGAUUGCGCUAGAGAGCUUGAAAACUGCACAGGCUAGAUCAGUGGAGGUGAAGGAUUACAACAUGAAACAGGAUGUCCCCACAAAAGAUGUGCUUGAUUCACUCAAAAGCUUGGAUGAAAAAUCAGUUGCAAUAAAGCAAAUUCAAGUGGAGCCUCAAGUGAAAGUUUUACAGCUGGAUAUACCAAUCAGUCAAAAAGAACAGGAAAAGAUAUUUGUGAAGACAUCAGCAGAACCAAAACCAGAUACAGCUCAAUUAAGUAUCCAGCGUGAAAGGGAGCUGGGAAAUAAAGAUGAGACUUCAGCUGAGGUUACACAGGAGACUGAAUUUAUAAUCAAAGUGCAACAAAUCACCACUGACAGACAAGGAGAUGUCACUCAGAGCGACUCCAGUCCACCGGCUGAAGUAGGGAUAGCUUCUGCAGAAAUAAACUUAUCAGUGCAAGGCACUGUAAAACUAGAACUAGUGACUGAGCAAGAGCUCUUGAAAACCACAAAGCAUAGAUCUACUGUGACUAAGGAACUUGUGAUCCAAGGUGAGCAGCCCAAACCAUAUGAACUGGAUGACAUACCCAUGAGCCUGGGUGACAAGAUGAUUACAAAAGAGAAAGUCCAGGGGGAGCCUGAGGUCCCUGUUUCACCAACCAGCCAGGAGGAGGAUAAAAGAACAUUUGUUGUGGUAGCAGAUGUACCAAGAGCAGAUGUAGCUCAUUCAAGCAUCCAGUCUGAAAUCAUUUCAGUAAACAAAGAUUUGACUGCCGCUGAUGUUCAACCAGAGGAAGCUGCUAGUCCAGAAGAUGUGGUGCAGCGCGACUCCACUCAACCUUCUCUGCUGCAGACAAGUGAACCAGACACAAUCCCUGCAGAAAUUUGCUUAUCUGAACAGCAUGCUGUAAAACCAGAAAUGGUGACUGAGCAAGAGCUCUUGAAGACCACAGACAGCAGAACAGACAUGUCUCAAACAAAUAUCAAAUGUGAUUCAGAACUUGAAAAGAAAGAUGUGAGUCCAGCUGAUGCUCACCCUGGGGAGGCAACAGUUGGAGUGGAGGUGCAACAAAUCAGCACUGAAACACAAGAAGAUGUAGCUCUGGUGGACUUGACUCAACCUGCACUGCUGCCGCCAAGAAAAAUUGCAUCUGCCGAAAUUAGCUUACCUGAGGGAGAAGCUGUACAAUCAGAAACAGUAACUGAGCAAGAACUCAUGAAAACUACACAGUUCUCCACGAAUGUUGUGCUUGAUUCACCAAAAAGUGUGGAUGAACUGUCAGUCACAGUGGAGAAAAAUCAAGCGGAACCUCAAGUGUGUAUUUUACAACUCAAUAUGCCAACCAGCGACAAGGAUCAUGAAAGAACGUUAGUCAUGACAGCAGCAGAAUCAAGAGGAGAUAGACAAGAGGAUGUUCAGUUUGACUCUGUUCAACCUGGACUGCUGGAAAACAAAGCAGUAAGUUCUACAAAAAUAAUUGUAUCUGAGCCACACAAUGUAAAAUCAGAAAUAGUGUCUAAGCAAGAAAUCUUGAAAACCACACAAGAUAGACCUAUGGUGACUAAGGACCUUGUGGUCCAAGCAGAGCCCUCUGAAGCUUCAGUCACAGUGAAGGAGAAACAAAUUAGCACUGAAAGACCAAAAAUUGCAGCUCAGAGUGACUUCACUCAAAUUGCACUGAGGCAAUCAAGUGAAGCAGAGACAACAUCUGCACAUAUAAGCUUACCUGAGCAAGACACUGUAAAACAAGAAACAGUGAUUGAGCUAGAGAUCUUGGAAAUCGCACAGGACAGACCUACAGGGAUUAAGGAACUUGGGGUCAAAGAAGGCUCCUCUAAAUUGUUAAUGCAUGGCAUGGAUGAUGUACCCACGAGCCUAAGUGACAAGUCUGUUAGAGUAGAGGAAACCCAGAUUGAGCCUGAGGUGCUUGUUUUACAAGUAGAAGUACCAACCAGUCGUCAUGAGCAUGAACAGACAUCUUUCAUGAUAGAAAAAAGUGACUCCGCUCAGCCUGCUCUGCUGGAGCCAGAGGUCAGUGGAGAGCUCUUGAAAACCACAGAAGACAGACCUAUGGUGACUAAGGAACUUGGCGUCCAAGACAAGCACCCUAAAGUAUUAACACAUGGAGUGGAAGACGUACCCACAAGCCUGGAUGUCAAAUUUGUUAAAAUGAAGAAAAUUCAGAUGGACCCUGAGCUGCUUGUAAUAUCAGCAGUUCAAGAAGAGCAUGUGUCAAGAACAGAUACAUCUCAAUCAAGUAUCCAGUGUGAAAGUUCAGAAGAACACAGAGAUACGAGUGCAGCUGAGGUUCUUCCUGAAGAGGCUGGAGUUAAAACCACAGUAGUAGAAGUCCAACAAUUUAGGACUGAAAUGAAGGAAGGUGUAGCUCAGACUGCCGCAGCUCAAUCUCUACUGAUACGUGCAGGUGAAACAGAGUCAACAUCUGUAGAAAUAAGUUUAUCCGAACAAGACACUGUAAAACCAGAAACUCUUACUAAGUUGAAGUUCUGGAAUACCACAGAGGAGAGACCAAAGGAGGUCAAUCUGCGAGAGGAGGUUGUAACUAAAGAUGUACUUGAUGCACCCAAAAGCCAGCAUGAAGUGUCUGUUACAGUGGAGAAACUCAGCAUAGGGCCUAGCGUACCCACUCUACAGCCAAAUAUACCGGCCACCAUAACCACAUCUGUUGUGAUAGCAACAAGUACAAGGAAUGACAGUGAUCAAACAACUACGAAGUCUGAAAAAAUAACACCAAACCAAGAGCUUAGGUCUCUUGAAGCAGAGAAAGAAAAGCCUGCAUCUGAGAUGACUAAAGCAGAUGUUCCAAAAAGCUUUACCGAACUCCCGUCAAAACCAGUUGUGUAUCCUAAAGUCCAAACAGAUGCAACAAAUAGGAAAGAAGAAGAACAGAAGCAGAAGAAGAAAAUUCAAGAAAAGGAAAAAGAAAGAAGCACCAGUGUAGAACCGCCAAUCAGGAUAAGCACAACAAUCACCACCACUACCAUGGAGGCCACUGAAACAAGGCUUCAGAAACUGCCACAGGUGGUUCAGAUAUCAUCAGGUGAUACUGUACUGGGUGAAGAACCCCAUUUGAAAGGAUUGACCCCUCAAGAAAACAAAAUAGAUGCAAAUGACGUGGAAACUGAGAAAACAGUACUGGAGUCACCAGGAGAACCAUCCAUUUUGACAGCGAUACAGCUACUCAAAGACAUGGGACCUAGCAGUCAACUCAUUGAGGGUAAACCCCUAGAGGAUGCUCCAGAGGUUCUGAUUUCAUCCACCACUAACAUGGACAGUCAUCUAAGUAGGGUUAUAUCUAAACUCCUGAACUGCAAGAACCGCUCAGCUGAGCUGAGCCCAACAGCCAUGGCCCGGCAGGUGGAGGAGGCUCAGGAGUGCAGAGAGGUUGCCCUGGCCCAGGUGGCAUUGCUCUCUCAGUUGAGAGGGGCUGUUGCUGAGAACAGGGACAGUCUGGAGCAUCUGGAGGACCAGUGGACCAGUGCUGCCCAGGAUGCAGCUAAUGUUAUUCAGAGUAAGGAGGCUCAGCUGCAGAUGGUGACUGAUUAUUGCCAGCACAUCCAAAUAGCUAAGAAUGCGGUGGACAAAGCAACUGCAGAACUAGACGCUCUUCAAACAUCCCCUCAGAACAGCAGCUCCAAGGAGGCAGAACGACUAGGCUCCUUACAAAGAAGUAUGGAGGAGAACAGAACAGCACUUGGGGAGCUGCUUGUGACCCAUAGCAAAUUGUGCCCCCACCUUACCCGGUAUGAGCGAGCAACUGCAGAGACUGAGCAGAAGAACCUACAAGAGAGGUGGAGAGCUCUGGAAAGAACUGUGGAGAGUAUGCUUCAUCACACACAUGACCGUUCUCACAAGACCAGCAACCUUCUGUCAGAGUUAUCAGAUUUGCAGGAACACUUGGAAAUGAUAAUUAGAGACCUUGAAGCCAAGUUGCCAUCAGUUACUCAGUGGAACUGCAAGAAGGCACGACAGCUGAUGGAGGCAAACGCUGAGGUUAAAGCAGCCCAGCAGAAGUACCUCCAUUUACAACAGCUGUCAGAGCUGCUGCUCUUUAGCCCACAGUGGGAUGUGGAAACAAAGGAGAUCCAUCAGGGACUCCAGAGAGUUAAGGACAAAAUUUCUCACACAGAGGAACUUUUGGCUACCCAAACCCUGAACAGCAGCAGCCCUAUCAUGGAGAAAAUUGUCAAAGUGAUGAGGGAAGGCCUGGCCUGGGCCAGGCAGACAGAGAGUGAUAUUGAGGGCAGGAGAAAAAGAGUAGCUCUUCUCCCCGAGGAAGUUCACCGGCAGCUCAGGGAUCUGAAGAAGCUGCAAUCUGAGGUGAUGGCCAAACAAGGUCAGCUGGAGUCACUGGUGGAGGAAAUGACUGAGCUCUUUCCACAACUGGACCAGGUUGAAGAGGUGCCUAUGGUGCAGAGCCUUCUGAAAUGUCUUGAAGAACUCUCAAAGUCCACCAAUGAGAAGCUGUCCAAAGCUGUGAAAGAGGUGGAGUCAGGACUGCAGACCAGAGAAAAGCUAUCUGAACAGAUUGCCGAUCUAGACUCCUGGGUUGUGGCUCAUCUGCAAAGAGAAGCCUCCAGGGAUCCAGACAGUGAGCUCAGGAGCCCUGCUGAACUUGAUCGCAGAACCCGCCAGAUCCAAGAAACCCUGGCUGAGGCUGAAAAGCAGGAAGCAGUCUGUGAGGCUCUUUUAAUUAAGAGUAAAGAUAUCGCUUCUGAACUCAGUGUCACAGAGCACUGUCAGCUUUUUGACAAGCUUACCAACCUCCAGGAGAAUAUCAGAACCAUUAGCAGCCAAGAGAAAAAUAACAAGAAGGAGCUGAAUGAACUCACCCAGACUUUAGAUUCAAGCAAGAAAAACCUGGUUACUGUUGAAAACAGUCUAAGGCAGAUGUUGGUGGAUCUAAGCAGACACAGGUUCCCCAUUACAAGAGAGUCCCUGCAAGCUUUAGAGCCUUUCAAGCACAUGAUUUUGGAACACAAGUCGCAAGUUGACCUCCUGCAACCCUGGAUUCCCAAUGAGAAGACAAAAGAACUGAACUCUGUCAUCUCUGAGCUGCACAACAAAAUGUAUGCCCUAGAAAUGAAAGCCAGAGAUCAAGAGAGGUACUUAAACAUAAGGCAAUGUGUCGAGGAUCUCAGGGAAAGCAUUCAGGAACAGGUGCGCCAGACAAAAGAAGAUGGCAAUGACACAGACAAGAAGUACAGAAUCUGUCAGAACCUUCUUAUCCAGUUUCACCUGAUGAAGGGAUUGUGUGAAGAGGCUCGCUCAAAACUACACACAAUUUCUGCUGACCUCUACCCUUCACAGCUGACUGCAGAGCAACAAAGGCUUAAACAAAAUGAGGAGAGUCUUAACACCUUGGAGAUGACACUCCAUAACAACCUCAGCAUUAUUGAGUGGAACCUGCUGAAGGACCUGGACCUGGAAUCAGAGAGGAAAGCCACUAAGGCCUUCCUCUUAAAGACCCAGAAAGAGUUGGAGAAAUGUCCCACGGUGGAGCCAAAAGACACAGCAAUUAACAGAGAAUAUGAGAGAGUGGUGUCUCUGACAAAGACUGUGGAGUCAAGAAUGAGAGCGCUGGGAUUGCUGGAGCAAAAGAAGGGAAAGAAAAAAAGAAGUGGAACUCAAGACUUGAUGGACUUGAAGAAUGCAGUCCUCGGUCAAUGUGAAUCAUAUAUGGAGAACAUCACUCAGGCCAGGGAGUCACUGAGAAGCUACACCUGUUCUGUUAAACAGGCUGUACAGUUCCUGAGGGCUAUUGAGGUGUCUAUGCUGCCACCUCAGGGCCCUGCUAGGGUCUGCGGUGACAGAGUCGAGGAGACCCAGCAGGCUUUGGCCUCACUCCAGCAGCAAUUUCAAACUCAUGUGGAACAGCUCCAAGACCAGACUCCUCUGCAUCAAUACUUGUCCCCACUGAAGGUGGAGCAGCUCCAAGAGAGUAUUCUGAGCCAACUCCUGGUGAUGAUGUCCACUCUCCAGGCGAAGGGCCAUGUGAAGUUGGAGUGUCUAAGCAGGUGUGCAGAACAGCACAGAGAUUACAUCAAGUGCAAAGAAGAAAUCAUACAGAGUGUGAAGAGUACAGGGAACAGGCUUUUACAGCUCAUCACUCAGAAGGUCACCUGUCUCACUGACUGCACUGACCAGGAGGCAAAUCUUAGAGCACUUGCAGAGCAGAUGGAGGCCCUCCUGAGACGUCUGGGAGAGCUGCAGGAGUGGUGUUCAGAGCAGAGCUGUCGCGGAAGCAGGGAGACCACCAUGACUUGUAUCUGGAGAUGGGUAUUAAGACUACAUCACUGCACACAGGAGCUGACAACUCGCAGCAAACAGAGAAUCAGAGAAUGGAGUGAUAUCUCAGACAGCGUGGAGAAGGCCUCUGUGUUACUGCAGGGAGUGGAGGCAGAGCUUCCUGAUGGCUCCAAGGUGAAGGCAUCUACCGAGGAGCUUCAGGACGUGUUGCAGUCCUGGGAACAGUACCAGGACAGGCUGGACUGUGAACACAGAGCGCUGUCUGCACUGGAACUGCGAACUGCCAGGCUGCUGGGUGUCCCUGCCCACCUGGAGCAGGCUCCUCCUAUUCCACUCUGUCAGCAGCUGCAAGCAAUGCAGGGCCGAUAUGACAAUGUGAAGCAGAGAAGCAGGGAGGGUUUGCAGGCAGCCAGGCAGGAGCUGGAGGACAGAGAAAAGGUGCGAGAGGAGCUGCAGGGUAUCCGGGUUUGGCUGAAGGCCGCUGCAUCUCUUCUGACAGAGAUGGAGCAGAGCAGCAGCACACAGGAGCUACAGGAGCUCUACAGCCAGCUGUGUACCCAGAAGUCUUUGCUGCAUCGUAUCAUGGAGAACCUGAAGAUGAAAUACUCAGAUAUGUACACUCUGGUCCCGGUCGAGAUUGACAGCCAAAUGCAGGACAUCACUAAGUCUCUGCAGCAAGUAGAAGAAAAGGUGGGAGAGGCGAUAGAGAGGAGCGGUCCUGUUCACAGGUUGGGGGCGAGGAUGUCCGAUAUCGAGGCUGGCCUGAGAUCUGUUCAGAAGAGACUGGAACAGAGGAGCCCCAGUGUGACUCAAGCAAAGAUCACUCAGAAGCGUGCCUGGGAUGAGCUGGAUGUGUGGCACUCGCGUCUGGCAGCCCUGGAAGUGGACAUGCAAGACUUAGAGAAGCCUGAGGAGGUGCUGAUCCUCACAGAAAGACUAGUGGAGGUUCAGCAGCUUCACUCCCAGCUGGCCAAACAGGCAGAACAGAGGACCACCCUGAUCAGCAAGAUUCAAACGUGGCUUCAGGAACAUCAAGAGAUGGUCAAAAGCUCCAAGAGCUGGAUGUCCGAGGCUCAGUCGUGGCUUGCCGCUCCCUGCACCUACACCACAGCUAAAUGUUUGAGCAGCCACGUUCACGCCCUGCAGUUGGUCCUGGAUGAUUCAGUCCAGAUCCGAAACACACUGCAGGGCUUCAGCUCGGUCCUGAAGGAAAUGUCGCAGGUUUGUGAUGUCACAGCUCUCCAGGAACAGCUGGUCGAAGCAGAUCGCCAAGUGGCCGAUGUUCAGGACAGCUUCACAGCUCCUCUGUCUCAGCUGGAGCAUGCUGCCGCUGAGGUGGAGGCGAUUGAGAGUGAAGUCAAGCGCAUGGAGAAUGAUGUAGCAGAGAUCAAGAACUUGCUAUCUUCUCCAGAGAGUUUUCCCAGCCCCAGAGAGGACAGUUUAAAGGGGGUUGAGCAGAGGAUCCAGUCGAUGAGGAGAACAGUAGCUGAGAUCCAGAAAUGUAAGCCAGGCCUUUGUCUUCCUGAGAAGGCUGAAGAAACUCUGACUGUCUUUACUGUGGUGGACCAGCUCCAGACUCUGCUGCUGGAACUGGAGAAGAAGGUUCCUGCGUUAUUUAUCCAGCAGCCUCCAACUCCCACACAAGCCAAAGCUCAGUCGGCCCAACAGACGACCACUGAACUCAAAACAUCUGCAUCUGAGGAGGCUGAGGAAGAGCAGGGUCAGAUCAGAAUUGCUCAUGUUGAGGAGGAUGUACUACGGAGGUCUGGAGCUACACUGCUGACUGUGGAGCAGUCCUCACCUGAACAAAGGCAGGCUCCAACACCUGAUGUCACCCAGCAGCGGAAGCAUCAAGGCGUGCUCCAGGCUGAAGAAGCCACAGAAAAAAAAAGCAGUGAGGAAAGGAGAGUGGAAGAAGGUGGAGGAGGUUUUUAUUGGUGGCUCUGGGAUGUUUUCCUGGGCUCUUCACCAGAGGAACCUGUGGUUGUUGCCUCAGAAGCGACUGAAGCUGCGACUGGACAAAGCACUGAACAGCUUACAGAAGAAACAAAGGAUGUUGAGGGCACCACUGACACCACAGAAACAAGUUCAUCUGAAGCUUUAUCAAAACCCCUGGGCACAGUCACAACUCAGUCACUGCCUGAGAGCAUGGUAAACACAUCGCCGACCGUAAAAGUCUCCAAAUCCAGCUCUGGGUCACAGCAGAAAUGUGUAGUCUCCUAGAUCUAGAACUUGUAGAUCUGCAUCUUUUUUUUCUCAUCAAUCUAAGUCUAGAACCAUUUCUGUGCAAAAUCUCCAAGCACUCCUCAAAGCAAGCCUAGAGGCUACUGUUUGACGUAUUAUAGACCUUUCAUGUCUUUGCUGGCAAUAACUUCUAUGCACCAUUGUAAAUCUUUCAACUUUUUUCUGGAUCCAGUUUGAAAACAUUUCUAGAAUCAAGAUUUCUAUUCUUUCUCUAUAAUCCCCUAGAAUGAUUCCUCCAACUUUUUCUAUUCUAGCCUCUAUUUCUGAGCCACUAGAUGUUGGACUGACCUCCCACAUUACUCCAGACCAGAGGCUUUACUGCCUUCUGUUGUACUCAAAUUGGGAGUCAUUUCUUUUUUUUGAGCUAGCGGUAGCGUCUCACUUUUUCUCAAAAUAUUGGUUUUGUAAAGCCUUUGUAGAAGCAAACAUCUCCUUUACAAGAAACAACCCUAGAACACCUACUUAUCAUUGAAAUCAUUUAGAGUUCCCCUCUUUUUUUUUCCUGGUCUUUUAUUUUUCUUUAACAGCAAAACUCAGAACUUCUGUCUUCUUGUAGAACUAAACCAAGAACACUUAUUCUUCUAGAACCAGUUCUAGAGCUCCUGAUGUUAGGUUUCUUUUAGACAUGUCUCACAGUGCAUUUACAUGGCAAAUGAUUGCUUAAUAUUGUUUACAUUUGAAUCCUUUAUUAUGUCUUACUGCAUGGCAAAAACUAAAGUGCAGGAAAGAACCAAAGCAGAGGUUUGCCAAAUAAGUACUUUUCAAGUUUAUUUUUGAGUUUAGACGAAGGAUUACUGAGUUUGCAGAGAAAUCUGCUUAUUCUUUGACAAGUCAACACCACUGACACGUGGUUCAGGAUGACACAGCACUACAUCUGCUACAAGUGAGAACUGGUUGCUGAUGGUUACCGUUUUACCCCUCAAGAAAACUGAAAGUAGGCAGAUGGUACUUUGUAUGUGUGUGGAUGUUUUUAACAGUCUGUAUUAAGCCUUUGCCUUAGCAUGGACCUUUAUUCUGAUGGGUUAGUUUGAUUAAAACAGAAACAAAGUGUAUUAAUAGACACAUUUUGUGAGCCAUGUUUUAUAAUGUAUCUUAUAGGGAAUGGUGAUUUAAAAUGUUAAAACUUUUUGAUUGUUGACCUUUUCAUUUACCAUCUGGGCUCAUUUACCAGCAAAUGCAGAGCAUAUGUGAUAAAAUAAAUAUUUCUUUAGUUGCUUCUCUGCAUCUGCCAUUUGUAUUUCCAUAAGCUCAUAAAGUGGGGUGUGUUGUUUACAGAUGUGAUUGACUCAAUCACUGCCUUGCAGCAGGACAGUGGAUAAUGAUUCCUGCUUUGUCAUGAAUAAAUAUACUAAUAAACAUUAUCACUCUUUAAAAUACACAUUUUAUACUUAAGACCUUAAUUAUUUUUUGAGGAUGACUGUUGGCCAUGAAAAUGCACUGGUUUAUCAUGAAUGCUGAAUCACUGACUGCUGUGCACAGAUGGAAACUUUGUAAAUCCCACUGCAUUGCUUACUUUUUAUUCAGAAGUAAGCAUUUAAUAAAUAGUCCUAAAACAAUCUAUACAUUACAGCAGUAUGUUUACAAUUAGGGAAAUCAUUUUUUUAAAAGAAAGAAAAAUCUACAAUUUUUGGAGAUACAAGGUUUUCAUCUGAAAGCAGCAGACAUCUUACAUUACCUGGCAUGUGCUGUACUACAUUGUUUCCCUCAUGUUUUUCCCCAUUCUGUCUGCAUAUCAUUAAAAGAAAGAGAAAAAAAAAGAGCACAAAUACAAAUAAACCCACAAUAGUGAUCCACUC